GAAAAUGUGGCUCGUAAUUCCUUUUAUCUCUUUUCCUUGCUGAGUGUGUUCCAGUGCUUUAUAUCGCCAUAGCAAUGGUGUCUUUUGCUGCUUUUCUCCACUGUUCCUUCAUGUGUGAUGCUGAAGGCACUGAGACCCUGUGUAUCCCAACCCUUCCUGGUCAGAGCUCCUUUCAGGUAUUUUUAACUGAUGUAAUUUCUGGCCUUCCCCCCUCCCUUUGCCUCACCGUUGUCUGGAGGAGCUGAUGUUAUUUCCUUCUCUCGUCCUGCAGUAACUGGAGGCCACAUACUGUGUCUUCUGUUUCUGCUCACUUGCUUUCUGCCUUUCAUACCUUGUUGCAUCCCUCCAUUCCCCUCCAGUGGUGCCCUUCUCUAGCCAUGCAGGGAAAAAUCUCUUGACACAAGAAACGAGAGCAUUUCCUGGCCUCCCUUUGUGCUGCCUCUGCAGGGACCCCGACCCUGGCUCUCUGAGGUAUCUCAGAGGAAGGCUAUUCUUGAUGUGCUGAUGGAGGGUUGUUGUUUUUCCGCAAUGCCCUUGGUGACCCCCUUGCAGCCCUGCUCGUGUUCAGGGCUUUUGUUUGGGCGCUGGGGACAGGCAGCAGAAAGGGUCAGGCUGCAUGUGCCCAUUUCCUCCAGAAAUGACUUGUUUCUUCAGCAUAAUUGGGCCCUCUCGCUCCUCCGCCAUUCAGUCUUUCUGUGCUCUGGUGUUUUUAUUACCCCUCUGUACCUCCAAUUAGCAUUCUUUCUCUUUUGAAGGCAAGCUUGUGCCUCUCUGGUGUUUGUGGUGUGCUUGCCUUGUUGUUUUUGAUGAUGGAUCUUAAACUAUGCUCUUCCUGGUUGUUUGGGAUUGUGUCCUCUCCUAUUUGUCUGCUGUUGUUUUAAAAACCUGUUCUGCCUGUUCCUCCUGGCUUUCUAGUACGUGGCAUGGAGAAGUCUUGGCUCCUCUGAGCUGGGCUUCUUCCGUUUGAUCCUUACCUAAGUGUGGAGCGUGAAAUGAACUGUCGGGGUGCCGUGGGAAAGGCUGCUGUGGGGAGGCUGUUUAGCUCGAGCCUACAUCUUCUGUAGUUGGAUCUGUUCUGUGACCUGUCUCUCUCACGUUGACCUUGAAUGUUUUCCACAGUACGCGAUGCUCUGCAGGUGCUGUAAAUUCCUUCUGCUCAAUGAUUUCACUCCAGCAAGCUGCUUAUCAGGCACUCUUUUGAAAACUGUGUUCGUAUUUCAUACACACAAUUAUUCAGCAACUAUAAAAGGGGAAAAUUCCUAUUUAUAGCACAAGGACCAGCAUCAAAUAGGACACUGAAUUCUCGCUGAUAGAGGAAGUGACCUGUUCUCUAAUGCAGCAGUAUUUCUGAUGAAAAGAAACAGCAUCUUGGAUUGGGGGGAGGGAUGAAAAGCCCUGGGCCAUCUCUUUCCAUUAAAAAUAUGCUGCAGUCCUAAAAAUACAGUAUCUCCCCUUCUCUUUUCCUGAUGAAACCAUCUGCGAAAGAGAGAUUGCAGAAAAACCUUUUACUGUGGAUUUGUGGUUAGUAAUAAUGAGUCCACUGACUCCUGAUGGUCUGGCUUGGAGCUGGUUUUAAGUUUCUGAUCGAUACCUGAUCUAUGAUCUUGACCUGGGAGUGAGGAGAAGUCACUCAGAGUGCCUGCUGUGGGCAGAUAGCACAAAUCCCUUGUCUGUAGAGAGUUUGUAUAAGCGCAGUACACAUGUGCACAGCCCUGAAACAGAGUACAUGGUGCUGAGGAACAAAGAACGGGCGGAGAGCAAUGAAUGGAGGGGGUGGCACGGUGAGAAAAGCGCUGGGGAUGCUGGUGGUAACUGCUGCGGAGAAGGUGAGUUCCUGUUUUGUCUGAGCUUGCCUCCAUGACUGCCUCUGCUCUCCCUUCCAGGUGUGUUGAGCCAUGGCUUCCUUCCCCCGAGGCCAUCACUGUCUCCCUGGUGUCACCCUGUCCUUUCCACGGUCUCCAGGCUCUUUAGGAAGAGCUGCGGUGGGCGACACCAAGCACCAAGCGAGGCUUUGGGAGGUGGAGGAACAGAGGAUGGGAUUCCCCCUCCUGUCGCUGUGGCAACGGUUGGGAAGGGAAGCAGCAGUGGGGUGUGAUGGGCGGCUGCGUGCAGCUGAGGGGUGUGAUGGGGAGGCUGCGGAGGCAGGGCUGCGCUGACAUCACGCCGGGGAGGUGGCGCAGAGGGAAGGGGAGUGGGAAAGGGAGAGCCAGGGAGACUGCGGAGCGAAGAGAGCUGCAUCGGGAGUGGGCUCCAGGGAGAGCGCGGCGGAGGCAGCACCGGGCGGGACGCGGUGCCCGGAGCCCCCCCGAUCCCCGGAACGACCCUCACCGCAGGCCGACACCGUCGAUUGGCAGCCACCGGCCCCGGUCGCCAUGGGCUCCGAGCGGGACUCUGAAUCGCCGCGCUCCUCCUCCAUCCACUCGGCCGCCGCCAAGUGCCCGAAGCCCGGUCGCCGCCGCCGCCUCUCCUUCCAGAGCGUCUUCUCCGCCGCCGCCGCCUCCGCCGCCGGCGGCCGCCGCCGCGCCAAGGCCGAGCCGCCUCCCGCCGCCCCGCCGCCGCCUCCCGCCGCCCCGCCGGCCCCGCCGCCCCCGCCGCCGCCGCCGCCUCCGCCGCCCCUCGAGGAAGCCCCGGUGGUCCCGGAGGGUGGCGGCGAAGAGGAGCUGGAGUGCCCGCUGUGCCUGGUGCGGCAGCCGGCGGAGAACGCCCCCCGGUUGCUGUCGUGUCCGCACCGGUCGUGCGGGGCCUGCCUGCGGCAGUACCUCCGCAUCGAGAUCACCGAGUCCCGCGUCAACAUCUGCUGCCCCGAGUGCAGCGAGCGCCUCAACCCCGCCGACAUCCGCCGCCUCCUCCGCGACUCCCCGCACCUCGUCGCCAAGUACGAGGAGUUCAUGCUGCGCCGCUGCCUCGCCGCCGACCCCGACUGCCGCUGGUGCCCGGCCCCCGACUGCGGUUACGCGGUGAUUGCCUACGGCUGUGCCAGCUGCCCCAAGCUGACCUGCGAGAGGGACGGCUGCCAGACGGAGUUCUGCUAUCACUGCAAACAGAUAUGGCAUCCCAACCAAACCUGCGACAUGGCCCGCCAGCAGCGGGCACAGGCGCUCCGAGUACGGACCAAGCACACCUCAGGCCUCAGUUACGGACAGGAAUCCGGGCCGGCUGACGACAUCAAGCCGUGUCCGCGCUGCAGCGCGUACAUCAUCAAGAUGAACGACGGGAGCUGUAACCAUAUGACCUGCGCGGUGUGUGGCUGCGAGUUCUGCUGGCUCUGCAUGAAGGAGAUCUCGGAUCUGCAUUACCUCAGCCCCUCUGGCUGUACAUUCUGGGGCAAAAAGCCAUGGAGUCGUAAAAAGAAGAUUCUCUGGCAGCUGGGCACGUUGAUCGGCGCUCCUGUAGGCAUUUCCCUCAUCGCUGGCAUUGCCAUCCCUGCCAUGGUCAUUGGCAUCCCCGUGUACGUGGGGAGGAAGAUCCACAGCAGGUACGAGGGAAAGAAAACCUCUAAGCACAAGAGGAACUUGGCCAUUACUGGUGGGGUCACCCUGUCUGUCAUCGCCUCUCCAGUCAUCGCCGCUGUCAGUGUUGGAAUUGGAGUCCCCAUCAUGCUGGCUUACGUCUACGGCGUUGUGCCCAUCUCGCUGUGCCGGGGCGGUGGCUGUGGAGUGAGCACCGCCAAUGGAAAGGGUGUGAAAAUCGAGUUUGACGAAGACGACGGACCAAUCACAGUGGCUGACGCCUGGCGAGCCCUGAAGAACCCCAGCAUUGGCGAAAGCAGCAUUGAGGGUCUGACCAGUGUGCUGAGCACCAGCGGCAGCCCCACCGACGGGCUCAGCGUGAUGCAGGGCAACUACAGCGAGACGGCCAGCUUCGCUGCCCUCUCGGGCGGCACCCUCAGCGGUGGUGUCCUCUCGGGAGGCAAGGGGAAGUACAGCAGGCUAGAAGUUCAGGCAGAUGUCCAGAAGGAGAUUUUCCCCAAAGACUCGGUCAGCUUAGGGGCUAUCAGCGACAACGCCAGCACUCGAGCCAUGGCUGGUUCCAUCAUCAGCUCCUACAACCCCCAGGACAGGGAGUGCAAUAACAUGGAGAUCCAGGUGGACAUCGAAGCCAAACCAAGUCACUACCAGCUGGCCAGCGGCAGCAGUACGGAGGACUCUCUGCACGUCCACACCCAAAUGGCAGAGAAUGAGGAAGAGGAGGAGGAGGAGGAAGAGGAGGGUGAGCAGGAGCAGACGUGCACACACCAAAGCUGUGAGCAAAAGGACUGCAUUGCCAGCAAAACCUGGGACAUCACCCUGGCCCAGCCUGAGAGCAUACGGAGCGACCUGGAGAGCUCCGACAGCCAGUCGGACGACGUGCCAGACAUUACCUCGGACGAAUGCGACUCCCCCCACUCUCAGACUGCCGCGGGCUGCCCACAGACCCCCAGAGCUAGAGGUGCCGAGAGCCCAAGUGCCCACCUGAGCCACUGUGCCCAAGCCGAGGGCUGCAGGCUGGAUGAAAUGGUCAAGCUGGAGUGCAUCGAAGCCAGAGUAUGAAGUGGCCUCCGGCUGUGAAGAGCACACUCGCUGUCAUUGCAUCUUUUGGGGCAGGGUUGUGUCCGUGUUGGCUUCUGUCUGCGAUUCUCCAGCCGGCUCCCCAGCCUCGCCUCGGGGAGCUGCUGUUUCUUACGUGACAAAAAAGAAAAAGGAAAAAAAAAAAUAUCCCCCGCCCUCUUUUUGUUUUAAUUUAUUGGUUCAAGCUCUGUGAGGUGCGUAAGAGUGUAAAUAUGUACGUGUGUCUGUAUGUCUGCAAACAUCCUAAGGGACUAUUUGAAUAAAGACUCUGGUUGUCA